AUGGCUUCCUGGAUUAUGCGCUUCUUCUCCCGCGACUGCGGGUCUGGGCGUGGGAGUCGUGGAAGUAUCACCUCGUCAUUCGAGUGUUGUCUCUUCCUGGUUCGAGAGGACGUUCUCCCGCUCUCAUUCUCAUCAUUAGUGGAGGAUACUGCAGCCGAUGUCAUUGGUCGCAAGCCUGCCUUCAACUCUACCAUCUUCAUCGGAGCCAUCUUUGCAUGUGCAGUUGCUGGAGCUCAGGACUUCAUCACCUUUUGCUCUCUCUGGGCUGUUAUUGGUACUGCUGCUGGAGGUAACGUCCCAGUUGACAGCAUUGUGUUCCUUGAGUUUGUCCCACAGAGUCAUCAGUGGUUGCUCGUCACAUUGUCUGCAUGGUGGAACCUUGGACAGCUUAUCGUUUCCCUUCUUUCAUGGGUCUUCCUUGCCAACUUUGCUUGUAGCAGCCCUGAGGGCUGCCGCAGACAGGAUAACAUGGGAUGGCGCUACGUCAUGAUCACUCUCGGUGGCAUCGCUCUUGUCCUUGCCUUGAUUAGACUCUUCGUCUUCAAGAUCCCCGAGUCGCCCAAGUACCUUCUCUCCAAGGGACGCGAUGCAGAAGCUGUCGAAUCGGUCAACUACAUCGCUCGUUAUAACGGAAAGCCCGAGACCCUGACGCUCGAGAUGAUGCAAGAUAUCGACCGCCAAAUCUACUCGUCUGCGGUAGUCUCAUCUACCGGUGAACCUGUACACGCCAUUCCGGAUCAGACCGAGAAGAAGCUUUCCAUGAAGGAUAUUCUCAAGGAGAACUUUAAGGACUUCAACAUGAGCAGUUACCGCUCGCUAUUCGCCGGUCGCAAGAUGGCUCAGCAUAGUGCAGUCACAUUCUUGAUCUGGCUUACCAUCGGAAUUGCUUAUCCGCUGUACUUUGCCUUCAUUACUUCUUACCUGGAGUCUAAGAAAGAGUACACUGCUAGCUCAUCGUUCAACCAUACAUAUAUGGUCUACUGCAUUGUUUCCGCUGUUGGUGUCCUCGGUCCGAUAUCAGCAGGUUUCCUGGUAGAGACUCGAUUCGGCCGUAGGUGGAUGAUGGCCAUCUCUGCCGUUCUCACUGGCGCCUUUCUCUUUGCAUACACAGCUGUUGGCACUGAAGCCGCCGACAUUGGAUUCCAAUGUGCUACAGCUAUUCUUGGAAACUUUGAGUACGCCGUCAUGUUUGCCUUUACUCCAGAGUCUUUCCCUGGACCUGUACGGGGUACUGGUACUGGUAUUGCAGCUACACUUCUCAGACUUGGUGGUCUUGUGGCGUCUUUUAUCUCAACUUAUUCGGGUUUCUCAGUUGUGCCCAUUUAUGCGAGUGCAGCGCUUUGGAUCGUGGUCGGCUUCUUCUGUAUUGGUCUUCCUUAUGAAACACAUGGACAUGCCUCUCUCUAG